AUGCCCAGAACAUCCAGCCACGCUUACGUGGUGGAUAUGUACGAAGACAGGUUUCAUCAAGCUCUUCACCACCUUUUCGAUGCGGCCAUCUCGACCCCCGCUUGGAAUCUUCGAUGCGAAUUACACCUUGGCACCUCUAUACUCCAGUUUCCCGGCCGCCCUGACCAGUUCUUCUCCCUCAUUCCCGUCGCUGCAGGAUCAGGACACUUCAGUCUCCGCCUACCCCAGUAUGGGGCCCGGAAAGUAUCCGCGAAAUGUCUCAUUCUGGCACAAUCCGCCCGCGCAACCCCAGCCGCCACUUCCUCCCACCGCCGUCGCCACCUCCUAUCCGUCCGUGCCCCCGAUGCUCCGGUCGCUCCUACAACCUACCUCCGAUCAGAAAAAGCCCAAGCGCACCUGAAGUGGCUGUCUCACCUGCCGAUCCCGUUGGCCACCUCAGGCGUAUCCAAGUCCGGGACCCGUACCGAGUCUAAGCCCAGAGGUUCACUAUUGCGUGGAAAUGGCUCUUCCAGCCACCCAGGAUCCGAAGACACCCGGGCCUUGGAGCCCAUCGCCGACGAGGGAGAUGGAACUAGUGUCAGGUCGAGUACCCGUCUGUCCCCGUCAGCUGCGCCUACGCCAACCACAUGGUCCAUAACCAAUCUCGCCAGAAGACAAAAUUGUCAGUCUUUGAAGCAGCGCGGAGGGAAACCUGUUGCGACCGACUCGGAACCGGCGCGGAUUGAGAAUAGCACUUCGCCGUCCGCGUCCACAAUUACGUUAUUUAGGUUCAACUCAUUAAGCGCUCGGUCGGCCAGUAUCGACGUGUCCCUGCCUAGACCAUAUGGAUCUACUUUGCCCAAUAUGGCACAUUUGGCCGACGAUCUGCAAUUCUAUCUCAACAUCAUUGAACUGGCGUUGCAACAUGGUUCUCUGUUGUAUGCUGUGGUGGGCUUCUCGGCAUAUCACCAUUGCGUUCAAAACAAUAGCGGAAAACUUUACAGCUUCCUGAAAUACUACAACAUCGCGUUGAAGCUCCUGCGCAAGUCCCUGAGCUCGGGUGAAUUACAUAAUGAGGCGACGCUGAUCACAGUGCUUGUCCUCGCCACUUUCGAGGAAUCUAUCGGUAACUGGGUCAACCUCAUGUGCACCAUCAGGCUGCACAAGCAUUAG